CUUGCUUAAAUACACUUUUAUAGUCCCUCUCUCUAUAUAUUUUCUUCUGCAAUCUUGUUACGCCUACUCUAAUGGCGAUCGAAACACAAACCCUAAACAGAGAUCAAUACGUUUACUUAGCAAAGAUAGCGGAACAAGCAGAACGAUAUGAAGAAAUGGUUAGUUUUAUGGAGAAACUAGUUGUUGGAUCUUCAUCAGUUGAAGAACUAACAGUUGAAGAAAGAAAUCUACUCUCUGUUGCUUAUAAAAAUGUCAUCGGAUCAUUACGUGCAGCUUGGCGUAUUGUUUCAUCGAUUGAACAAAAAGAAGAAAGUAGAAAGAAUGAGGAACAUAUUUCACUUGUUAAAACGUAUAGGUCUAAAGUUGAAUCUGAACUUUCUCAGAUCUGUGCUGGUAUUUUGAAGUUACUUGAUAAUCAUUUGAUUCCUUCUGCUUCCGCUAGUGAAUCUAAGGUUUUUUAUCUCAAGAUGAAAGGUGAUUAUCAUCGUUAUUUGGCUGAAUUUAAAGCUAACGAUGAGCGUAAAGUUGCUGCUGAAGAUACAAUGCUUGCGUACAAGGCUGCUCAGGAUGUUGCCGUUACUGAUCUUGCUCCAACUCAUCCUAUUAGACUGGGAUUGGCACUCAAUUUUUCUGUGUUUUAUUACGAAAUUCUUAAUUCAUCAGACAAAGCUUGUACCAUGGCGAAACAGGCAUUCGAGGAAGCCAUUGCUGAGCUUGAUACCCUAGGUGAAGAGUCGUACAAGGACAGCACUCUGAUCAUGCAACUUCUGAGGGACAAUCUCACUCUUUGGACAUCUGAUGCACAGGACCAGUUGGACGAGGCGUAGUAGGGUGUGAUAUGUGAUGGGAUGAAUCAGAUGAUUCUGUUAGUGUCGUCCUCUGAGGGAGGUGGGCUUGAACGUCAGUUCUUUUUUUUAGCUCCAAAACAACAUUUUACAUUGGGUCAAUUGUGCUCCUGGAUGGUGCUGCAACCAAAAUUUCGUGCUAGUUUGUGAUAAAUUUGGUCAGAAUUUCGACCUAGUUUUAAACUCAAGCUGAUUUUAAAAAAUUGUGAAUGCCUUUUCCUCUCUUGAUGUGCUUGUUGUCUUGACUUAAUUGCAAUAUUUGCCUUCCUAAGAUGAAAAGAAUAUCAACCGUUGCCUGUGUGA